AUGCUUCCGCCCGACCGCCUCGUGCAGGCAGGUAUAUCCGAACUGCCCUGCAUCGGCGAUGGGCGUCAAAGUGGCACCUCUGCCAGCCCAUCCAUACUCAACGCUUCACCCGAAGCCACAGUGGGCGGUGGGCUUGCCUUUCUCAAAACGGGCGACCGCGUGCGCAUCGACCUCAACACCUGCACGGUCAAUGUCCUCAUCAGCGAUCGAGAACUCGCGCAACGGAAAAAAGACUGGAAACAAACCCGACCUGACCCACCAAACGCCCUGGCAGGAAAUCUAUCGCCAAAGUGUGGGGCAACUCGCCGAUGGCGCGUGUCUGGAAUUGGCAGUCAAAUACCAGAAUGUACGCGACAACACCCCGCGUCAUUCGCAUUAAACCUUUGCCUCGUGAUAUUCCCAACCCCCGAAGAAUACACUGUUCUCGUCCUAUCGCUUAAAGUGGGCGUGCUCUGCGUGGUGAUCAGCUUGCCCUUUGCCGUAUUGUUGGGAUGGGUGCUGGCGCGCAAAAACUUUCGCGGUAAACUCAUCCUUGACGGUCUGUGUCACUUGCCACUUGUGUUGCCGCCUGUGGUUGUUGGGUAUCUGCUCCUCCUGCUGUUGGGACGCCGAGGUUUUCUGGGUCAAAUUUUGAGCGACUGGUUUGGUUUGCAAAUCGCAUUUACCUGGCGAGGUGCUGUAUUGGCCGCUGCUGUGGUGGGUUUUCCACUCAUGUUAAGAGCUGUUCGUCUUGCCAUAGAAAGUGUUGACCCCCGCCUUGAGCGCGCCGAAAUAUAUGCUCAUAUAGCGGCUGCGCCCCAGGCUGAGUCUUUGGUUACCUCACGCUCUGGCCUAAUACGAGUUGGUGGGCCGUACCCAAAGGUGGGAGGACUAAUCGUGCGUUUGUGUGCCGGUCGAGCGGGCCGGGUGCGUAUGGUGUUUGAAAAUAUUCUAUGUGUUAUUUCCCCCCUACCUCAGCAUAAGCCGAGCCGACGUAUUUCCCCAAGCUACACAGCGGGACAUAAAUGCCAAGGUUUGGCCGCGGGGGCAAACGGCCACGUCCGUACCCAAAGGGAAACAGAAUACUAA